UUCUGCUCCCUUCCGGGGUGAGUUACCACCUCAAAACUCAGAUUCCAGGAGCCUCUGAGCAAGCACUGCAGAGGAGGUGGUCUUGGGAUUCUUGAUCCAAUUCAGGCUCCCAGCUUCCUGUGGUCGUCUUGCUCAAGUUUGCACCAUAGCCCGCCUCCCUGAGCUCCUCUUAGACCAGAUGGAAGGAAGUGCAUCUUCCUGAAGUAGUGUGUCUUACCAGGAUCACUGUGAUACCUCACAUUGAGAGAGAAGAACUCAGAUCUGAGGACAGUGAUUGUCUGCCACAUCUCCCAAGUGGCCAACCCCCAUUGUGGAACCACAUGGAGGCCAGUGGGCCUGCUGGGUUGCAGGCUGGAGAAAGGGCCCGGGGCUGCCCCCAGGAGGGCUCGCCACGGCCCUCAGACAGCGCAGAGCUGGUGCAGGAGUGCCUGCAGCAAUUCGAGGUGACGAGGGCACAGCUGCGGCAGAUCCAAACCAGCCUCCUGGGCUCCAUGGAGCAGGCGCUGAGGGGACAGGCCAGUCCUGCCCCUGCUGUACGGAUGCUGCCCACAUUUGUGGGAUCUACUCCACAUGGCACUGAGCAAGGAGACUUCCUGGUGCUAGAGCUUGGGGCCACAGGGGCCUCUCUGCGUGUCUUGUGGGUGACUCUGACCGGCAUUAAGGGCCAUAGGGUAGAGCCCAGGAGCCAGGAGUUUGUGAUCCCCCAAGAGGUGGUACUGGGUGCUGGCCAGCAGCUCUUUGAUUUUGCCGCCCGCUGCCUGUCUGAGUUCUUGGAUGCACAUCCUGUGGGCAAUCAGGAACUGCAGCUUGGGUUCAGCUUCUCCUUCCCUUGUCACCAGACACGCCUGGACAGGAGCACCCUCAUUUCUUGGACGAAAGGUUUUAGGUGCAGUGGUGUGGAAGGCCAGGAUGUGGUUCAGUUACUGAGAGACGCCAUACAGAGGCAAGGGACCUACAACAUUGAUGUGGUUGCUGUGGUGAAUGACACAGUGGGCACCAUGAUGGGCUGUGAGCCAGGUGUUGGGCCUUGUGAGGUUGCGCUUAUCGUAGACACAGGCACCAACGCAUGUUACAUGGAGGAAGCACGGCAUGUGGCAGGCCUGGAUGAGGACCGGGGUCGCACCUGUGUCAGCAUUGAGUGGGGCUCCUUCAAUGAUAAUGGGGCCUUGGGCCCAGUGUUGACUGUCUUCGACCAUGCCCUGGACCAUGAGUCCCUGAAUCCCGGUGCCCAGAGGUUUGAGAAGAUGAUUGGGGGCUACUACCUGGGUGAACUGGUGAGGCUGGUACUGGCCCAUUUGGCUCGGCGUGGGGUCCUCUUUGGUGGCUGCACCUCACCCGCCUUGCUGACCCGAGGCAAAAUCCUCCUGGAGCAUGUGGCUGAAAUGGAAGAACCCUCCACUGGGGCAGCCCGUGUCCACGCAAUCCUGCAGGACUUGGGCCUGAGCCCAGAGGCCUCAGAUGCUGAGCUCGUGCAGCAGGUGUGUGUAGCUGUGAGCACGAGGGCCGCCCAGCUCUGCGCAGCUGCUCUGGCUGCAGUCCUGUCUCGCCUCCAGCACAGCCGAGAGCAGCAGACACUCCAGGUGGCUGUGGCCAUUGGAGGCCGAGUGUUUGAGCGACACCCCAGGUUCCACAGCCUCCUGCAGGACAUGGUGGUGCUCCUGGUACCAGAAUGUGAUGUUUCCUUCAUUCCCUCUGUGGAUGGAGGUGGCCGGGGUGUGGCAAUGGUGACGGCUGUGGCUGCCCGCAUGGCUGCUCACCGGCGCCUGCUGGAGGACACGCUGGCGCCGUUCUUGUUGAGCCGUGACCAGCUGAUAGCGGUGCAGGCACAGAUGCGGGAGGCCAUGGCCAAGGGACUCCGAGGAGAGGCUUCUUCCCUCCGCAUGCUGCCCACCUAUGUACGGGCCACACCUGAUGGCAGCGAGCGAGGGGACUUCCUGGCCUUGGACUUGGGAGGAACCAAUUUCCGGGUCCUCCUUGUACGUGUGGCCAAGGGAGGUGUGCAGAUCAUCAACCAGGUCUACUCCAUCCCUGAGUGUGUGGCCCAGGGCUCUGGACAGCAGCUCUUUGACCAUAUUGUGGACUGCAUCGUGGACUUCCAGGAGAGGCAGGGCCUGACUGGACAGAGCCUCCCCUUGGGUUUCACCUUCUCCUUCCCAUGUCAGCAACUUGGCCUGGACCAGGGCAUCCUCCUAAACUGGACUAAGGGUUUCAACGCUUCAGACUGUGAGGGCCAAGAUGUGGUAUGUCUGUUGCGGGAAGCCAUCAGGCGCAGACAGGCAGUGGAGCUGAAUGUGGUUGCCAUUGUCAAUGAUACGGUGGGGACCAUGAUGUCCUGUGGCUAUGAGGAUCCCCGUUGCGAGAUGGGCCUCAUUGUUGGAACUGGUACCAAUGCAUGCUACAUGGAGGAGCUCCGGAAUGUGGCCAGUGUGCCUGGGGACUUGGGCCACAUGUGCAUCAACAUGGAGUGGGGUGCCUUUGGGGACGAUGGCUCACUGGACAUGUUCAGCACCUGCUUCGAUGAGAAUGUGGACCAGGCAUCCAUCAAUCCGGGCAAACAGAGGUUUGAGAAGAUGAUCAGCGGCAUGUACCUGGGCGAGAUCGUCCGGCACGUCCUCUUGCAUUUAACCAGCCUUGGAGUUCUCUUCCGGGGCCAGCAGACCCAGCGCCUUCAGACCAGGGACAUCUUCAAGACCAAGUUUCUCUCUGAGAUUGAAAGUGACAGCCUGGCUCUGCGGCAGGUCCGUGCCAUCCUAGAGGAUCUGGGGCUGCCCCUGACCUCAGAUGAUGCCCUCAUGGUCCUAGAGGUGUGCCAGGCUGUGUCCCGGAGGGCUGCCCAACUCUGUGGGGCAGGCGUGGCUGCUGUGGUGGAGAAGAUCCGGGAGAACCGGGCCCUGGAAAAGCUGACGGUGUCUGUGGGGGUGGACGGGACCCUUUACAAACUACACCCUCACUUCUCCAGCCUGGUAGCAGCAACCGUGCGGGAGCUGGCCCCUCGUUGCGUGGUCACCUUCCUGCAGUCAGAGGACGGGUCUGGCAAAGGCGCGGCUUUGGUCACUGCCGUUGCCUGUCGCCUUGCUCAGAUGGCCCGCGUCUGAGGAAAUCUCCAGGAACCAUGGGAUCUCAGUUCUGGCUUUGCUGGACCAGGGCCCAGGCCCAGCCAUUCCCAGGACUACCAGAACAGCCCAUGUGUUACCCCUCUGUGGCCUCAAUCCUCGAACCCUGGCUUUCCUUGACAGAGGUAGCACUCCGGUUAGCAAUAUAUAUAUAAUUUAUUUACA